AUGACGACUACCAAGGCUUUGGAUUCUGUCUACAAAACGCUCAAGUUCCAGAGUGACGCCGUGGCCCAUCUCCACCUCCAGUACCAAACAGACUCGUUCUCCCAGAAUAACCUCCAAGAACUGUUGAAUAUUCUCUACCAUACUUCGCAAGUGGCUCAUGGAAAGAUCGUUAUUCUGGGUAUUGGAAAGUCUCACAAGAUUGCUAACAAGUUGGUGGCGACUCUUAACUCGCUUUCCAUUCACUCUUCAACUUUGCAUCCACUGGAGGCUCUUCAUGGCGACUUGGGCCUUAUCAAUGAAGACAAGGACUGCUUGGUACUCCUCACAGCUUCUGGAAACACCUCCGAGUUGCUUCAGCUUCUUCCUCAUCUCCUGCCAUCCAUACCGAUUAUUUUGUUAACGUGCAACCGCGAUUCGAAGUUAUCAAAUCAUCCCCAGGUCAAUUCGCUACUCUAUGCUUCGCUUCCUAGCUACCUAAACGAAGAGACGAUACACGGACUCCCAGCGCCCACUGUGUCCACAACAUUGUCGCUCAUCUUAGCUGAUGCUACCAUCUUGGCUCUUCUGGAAAUGAUUGAAGAAGAUGUCUUGAAGCGCAAAAAACAAUUUUCUAUGAAACACCCCGGUGGUUCCAUUGGCUCGUAUUUGAGCCACCUUAACGACAAUUUGAAUACCACUAGAGACAGUAACACAAAGAAGUCGUUCUCCUCUCAGAUUUCCAGCUCGAGCUUGCUCAGUUUGAACCAAAUAAGGCAGAACUUCAGAUCUUCACCUAUGGGGCCAACCAAUUCUGCCGCCAAGUCGAAUGUAAGCUCGCUCACGUCGUCUGACGAUGAGUUUGAUGUCUUGGACGUCAAGCAAGGCAAGUCUUCUUCUAACAUCGAUUUCAUCUUGACAAACUCUAUAAAAUUGGCCAAACCAGCCCAAACUAAAGUAGUUUCGCACGAACAAGUGUGGAAUCUCAAGCACGACGAAGAGUUGAAGUUGUUGCAGUGGAUCACUCUUUACGACUUUUUAAUUGUGGACAAAAGGGGCUUGGGUAUAGACACGGCUACAGUCAAAGACAUCUACAAACUGACUUAUGGGUCUCAAGAAAGUAAAAGCGUAGAAAAUUGGAACAAAUUCCAUUGGGAUUUUAUGAGAACUUUCAAAGAGAUUGAUAUAUGAAGCUAAACAAAGACAUCAAUUACAGCUACUACAACAUCUACAAUAGGAGCAAUAUCACAAAACAAUACCACAACUACAAUAACAACUGCGUGCUAACAAUUAUUACAUUUACUACAUUACAAUUUUCGUCAGCGAUUGAGGAAUUAGAAUAGUUUUUAUACUUUUUUUACGACAUAGUCUUCAAUUAAUGUUCAGAAGCAAGGGCUUCUUAAGGUUU